AUGAACCAAACACAGAGUCUUACGAUUGUCAAGCAAUUGUUAAAGACAAGCUUGAGUUCUAUUACUUAUUUGAGAGGUCUCUUUCCGGAAGAAAAUUACGAAGAUUUUCAAGUUGGGAGUCUCGCUUUAAAACAUCUCAAGCGUGAUUACAGUAGAGAAGCAAACUCAUUGUUAGAUUGGCUGGAAACCGGUAUAUUCGACGCAUUAACACAUCAAUAUUUACGCGCGAUCGUAUUCGGGAUCUUUCUUGAUCCAAACGAGCCAAACAAGCUCGUCGAGUGCUAUACCUUCAAACUUACAUAUCCACACGGCGAGCCGUUACUCCGAAUAGAGAAUAAUGAGGGAGAGGUAUUUGCGACUAUAGGUGGCGGUAAUAGUGAUAAUGUAAGUACGAAUCAACAACAGCAUGCAUUUACGAUUGGCGAAAUAAAAAAGUCGAUGCAGCAGUUGCUGCGUCGGUUGAUUUUGCUUACUCAGACGUUAAAGCCGUUGCCAGACAAUCGUUACAUAGUGGUAAAGCUCCACUAUUACGAAGACGUAACCCCGACCAACUACGAGCCUCCAUUCUUUCGCAGUUGUGGUGAUCAAGAACGUUUGAUCUUUGACAAAAAACCUGAAAAAAUACCUGUCGGAGAUGUAGAGACAGCUUAUCAUGGACUCAACUUGACAAUUCAAACAGUCUCAGACGCUACAACUCUAGAAGAAUUGGAUCAAGAAGCAUCAAAUAAAGAAUUCCGUCUUUCCAAUGCGAUCGAUUCUUCAUCGAUAAUAAUCGAAGCGCAUAUUGGUAAUGCGAAAAGACAGCCAAAUACCGAGAAAUGGAGCGCCGAAUUAGACUUUGAUGAAGACGAAGCUUUUAUGUUUAAUACUAUGGCGACUUCCGUUGCUACACCUAUUCCUGUUCAUCAACUUCCAUGUCUUGGUGAUAUACAAAAUACCGGUCAAGAAAUAAUUCGAAUCGAUGAAGACGAGGAAGACAACAACACAAUGGUUUUCAUGGAAGAAACGUUGCAUCAAUUAAGCGAGACUAGUGGUGGUAAUGAUGAUAAAGAUAACACAAGAGAAGACAGCUCAAAAACUCCACCACGUGUUCUUUCAAUAGCCGAAAAGUCAUUAUUAGAUGACGAAACGAGAAAAUCAUCGAUCUUUUCCGACGAUAAUGAUGAGCAAGACAGCAUUAUUAAUGCACCUCAGAAGGCAGUUACUCAAACAUAUCAAAAUCGUAGAAAGUCGUCACGGAUUCAAAAGCAGCAGGAAUCGGAAAAGUUGCAAUAUUAUGACGAAGAGGAGGACGAAAAAGAAGAAAAGGUGUCCGGAAAAUGUCAGUGUGACUGUGGCUCAAGCAUUAGCGAUGACGAGAUGAUUCACUGUUCAAAAUGCGAUACAUGGGGACACGUUGUCUGUUAUGGGUACACAUCGAAACGAGAUCCACGAAUGUUAAAAAAUCAUGUUUGCUAUAGGUGCUUACACUCGGAAUUCGAGUGUAACAAGAAAAAUAGAGUUUCGUUGAAAAAAUCUGAGGAGCUUUGGAAUAUUGAAAAAUUAGGAGAUUUAGCUUUACUUCGACGAAUGUUAAUUAUUUUGUGGAAUGAAGAGCCUCCUAAAAAUUAUCAGGUGCUGAGAGAAAGGUUAGGUGUCAAGUACAAUAAUGCAACAAGAAGAGUACAAAAACGGCUGAAAGAUGAAGGUUUCAUAAAACCAAGUUUCAACAAUAACAAGAACAAUAAUGGCAGGGUAAAAACUUCAAAGGAACCAUUGUUUUCGGUGGUUAAAUCGCCCGAAAAUAAAUGCAAGAUGGAAAUUUAUUUUGAUCCGUUGUUAGGAAUUCCAAGAUCGUCAUUACAAGAAAACAAGUCAACAUUACCGGCUGCUGAUGAGAAAUCAAAUAAUAAAAUUUCAACCUCUGAAUCUUUCCGAGAUAUAACAAAUAGUAUUAAUAAUAAUCGAAUCAAUGCUACUUCAUCAACACAAUUACAGUCAACUUUAUCACAAGUUAUUGAAGAAGAGGAAACUUCUUCUCUGAUGGAAAUUUCGCCCUUGCCUUCUGUUUCUCAAAAAUAUGGGAAAUCAAGUGUUAUCGAGAUUAAUUCUCCUCCUUUGGGACAUAUGGAAAUAUCUUCCAAACAUGGUCGGGAACAAGAUGUCAUUGAGAUACCGUCAUCACCACAAGAUCAUACGUUUACGAGAGCGAACUCUGAGGGAACACGUAGUGCUUCUGUCAAUAGUCAUAAUCAAGAUAAUAAUCAAAGAGUCACACGAUCACGACGAAGACGGGAACGAAGUAAUAGUAAUCAUGAUACUGCCACAACAAUUACAACUGUUCUUAAUAAUGAUGAUGAAAGCAGUAGUGGUAUUGUAGCUAGAGAUAAAAAGAAGCGCAAAGUCUCUAUUAACUCUUUACCAGCACGAAAUGAUAUUGGUGGUCAUGUAAAAUGUUAUGAUGGUCAAAAUCCAGAUCCGGC